AUGCACAAAGAGGUAUCAAAUAUAGUGCGAUUGGCAUUACAUCUUCUGGGAAUGCAUAGUGUCAUCUUUGAUCCUAAUGAUGAUGCUGCACAUACAAUACGAAAGCAAGGAUUAGCUAUCGGUAGACUAUAUUUUGCUAAUCCAUCUGCAGGGGAAAUCUUUUACCUUCAGCUUCUUCUCACUGUUGUUCGUGGUUCACAAUCGUUUAAUUACUUAAAAAUGGUCAAUAAUAUUGCCCACCCAACAUUUAAAGAUGCAUGUCUAGCCCUGGGUUUAUUAGAGGACGAUAAAGAAUGGAUCCAGUGUCUAGAAAAAGCUGCAGGCAUGUGUAGUGACUUUCAACUGAGGUUACUUUUUGCUGUUAUACUUAUACAUUGCACUCCGACUCAACCUCAAGAUUUAUAG